AUCGAUCGAGUUUAUUAUCCUUCUAAUAUAUAACUGCUAAAUUUUGCCGAGAUCGAGCAGUUCAGUGUGUCUGUCAGAGGCCUUAAUGUCGUCUUGAGCAGCCGCCGCCUGGAGAUCAAUAAGAUCUGAUGUUCUGAUCAAGCUGACGAUACAUAUACAACUCACAUCUGCAGGUUGGUUCCUUUGUGUCCAAACCAAGGAAAGGAAAGGCACAGUCAUCUCUCUCUCUCCCUACUCCUCAUCUCCAGCCACAUCUGCUGCUUCGUCUCCUUCUCCUGAGAUCUCUCGAUCUUCAAGAGGAGGAAACCUAGGUGACCUUGCUCUCUGGUGGCCACGCCAUGGGAGCCGUCAAGAGGUCUAGCUUUCUCCUCGUCGUCGUCGUCUUCGCUUUGCUCCUCCUGACCUCCAUGGCAGCAGGAGGGAGGAAGAUGUUGAUCAACAAGCAUCAAGUGCAAUCAAUGGAGACGUCUGAUGAUGAAUCCAUGCAUCAAGGGCAGGAAGACGACGAAAUGCUGGCGAUGGUCCACGAGAGAAUUCUGAGGCAGGUGAAGACGAACGACUACGGGACCUACGACCCUACCCCAACCAUGGCUAAGCCUCACGCCAAGGAAAUACCUAACUAACUAUAUAUAUAUAGCUGCAUGCAUGCAUCUCAUAUCCAUAAUCCAUGCAUGCAAAUAUGUGAUCAAUAUAUAUGUCUUGCAUAUAUAUAUGUGGUCAUUAAAUUGCCUCUUCAUCGAGAUAUAUUUCGAUAUGUUAAUUAGUUUGCUACAUAUAAUAUACUACUUUGGGCCGGCCAUAUAUAUACAUAUGUUUUGUCGAAUAAACUUCAUGGUUUGUCAUGGAAUGUUAUUAUUCAUAUGUGUAUCUCA